AUGUUGCUCGAUUUUCUCUACCCCGCCGUUCUACUCCUGGCACUGAGCGGCCUUCCCUCCCCAGCCGCAGCUGCAAAGCCCAAGAAUGCCAUCCUCCUCUCAGAUGUCCAAUCCCUCACGCUCCGCGCGGGCCGCCAGACCUCGCACCGCCGGGUCGCGGCCAUGCCGCAACUCAAGUGUGUGUCGUCGCGGGCCUUGUGCUCGCUGCACGAGGUCGACACCAUGCGGUGCGUGAACCAGGGCUCCGGCUACGGCUCCGAGGACAUACAGUGGUCCUGCAGUGCUUCGCUCCCGCCCGAGCUCAAGCUGGGCAGCACCGAGGUCAUGUGCGAGGGCUACAGCUCUCCGGACGACCCUUAUGUCCUAAGCGGCUCCUGCGGCGUCGAGUACAGGCUCGUCCUGACCGAGGAGGGUGCGCGCCGCUAUCCGGACCUCGCCGCUGGCGGCGGCGGCGGCAGUGGAAGCGAUGGGUCCUUGCCGGCCUGGCUGUUCUGGGUCCUCUUCCUCGCCGUCGUCUGUUGGAUCCUCUACAGUGCAUGCACUGCCCAGCCUGGUGAGUUCCGUGGUCCGCGCCCCCGACGUAACAACUUUUGGGGUGGUGGUGGUGGCGGCGGUCCCGGUCCGGGUUUCUUUGGCGGCGGCGGCGGCGGAUGGAACGACCCCCCUCCCCCGUAUCCCGGAAACAAGCCUGCAGGUAGCGGUGGUGGCUGGCAGCCUGGAUUCUGGAGCGGCUUGGCUGGCGGAGCUGCGGCGGGAUACAUGGCUGCCAACCGUGGACGAAACACCAUGGACAAUAAUCGGGGCUACGGAAGCUUUGGAAGCAGCAAUACUUGGGGUGGCGGAAGUUCCUGGGGUGGAGCAGGUGGUGCUGGCCCUUCGUCAUCACGCGGUUCUGGAUCCAGCUCCAGUUCAUCCCGCUAUGAAAGUACGGGUUUUGGCGGCACAAGCAGACGUUGA